CCCGUUCCCAUGGUAGCCGGAGCCGCUGGGGGCGGGCUCUAGUCGCUGAGAUCCGGAGGGUUUCGCGCGGGGUCCAGGCGCCGCACAACCGCCGCGGGGCCGUGGUUACGGUCUCCCGAGCCCAGCUGCUCCCUGAGGGGAGGAGGCACCAGCGGGGUCUUACUUUAGGGGCCCUUCCAUGGCUUCCCAGGAAAGGGUGGAGGCAGCGACCAAAGGAACAGGGUUCUGGCGCUGCUCCAAGCCAGCCACUUACACCCCCGGGACCUGCAAGCUGCUCAGAGUGAUGAUGAAGGAAUCCAAACUGACAAACUUCCAACAGCGACACAUCAUGGACACCAUGAAAAGAGGAGACACUCUGCCCCUCCAGUGCAGCCCAACAUCCAGCCAGAGGGUCUUGCCUCCCAAACAGCCGGCCUCGGCCAUCUACCUGCCUCCCAUCCUGGUGGCCCGGCCCCACCUCCGGCCUGCCAGUGUGUGCCAAGCCGGCGGGGCCUAUAGCCGGGAACCAUUCAAGCCUCAAGCCACCCGAGAUCUGGAGAAAGAGAAGCGAAGACUCCAAAACAUUUUUGCCACUGGGAAGGACUCCGAGGAACGGAAAAGGAAGCCCCCCCCUCCGGUGCGACAGGAGGACCCAGCCCCUGAGCUGGACCGGUUUGAAGAAUUAGUAAAGGAAAUCCAGGACAGGAAAGAAUUCCUGGCCGACAUGGAGGCGCUGGGACAGGGCAGACAGUACCGAGGGAUCAUCCUUGCGGAGAUCUCCCAGAAACUGCGGGAAAUGGAAGACAUUGACCACAAGAGGAGUGAGGAACUUAGGAAGGCUCUUGCCAACCCUUGAUCUGCCUCCAGAGACAGGAGCAGAGUAGCCCAACCUGGACCACUGGAGCCCCACCCCAUCGCCAAGCAGGCUCCCCCGCACCCCCCCCCCCAUCAGCCCACCUACCUGGCCUUCAGCCAUGUCAAAUGGCCACACGGCACUGCCCUGGCCCGGGGAAACCUGGGCACACACAGCACCCUAGAAAAUGGCCCAGUCUCCGAGAAUGAGCUGAUUCUCCUCAAGGCUCUGCGCAGGGAGCCUGGGUCGGCUGAGCCACUGAGACCGACAGUCACAGUCACAGA